UGGAAUUUGGAGGGGGAUUUUUUUUAUUUACGAAAAUAAGAUUUUCUAGGCAUAUGGGGACCCCAUUUUGAGUUAUUUUAAGGUUAUAGUCUAACUGUAAUUAUUGGCUAAUUGUAUUCAUAAUGCAUUUUUGUACCAAAUAAUAGAGAAAAUAAAUUUCAGUUCUAGAAAUAGCAAUCAUGGCUUCUAUGUUAAAUAUUACCGGAUUAACGAACAAAAACUUGUUUGUGGUUGAUUUUGAAGAGCCUUACUCUGAAAAGGCUGUAAGAGAUGAAUCUACACCAAACAUUAGAAGUAUUAUUUACAGUCCUAAAGGGAACUAUUUGGCCUAUAGAACUGAUAAAAAAGUUGAGAUCCUAAAAUGUGAAGACUGGUCAGUAACAGCAACUAUUGAGGGCAACAUAAAGGAUAUGUUCUUUUCUCCUUUAGACACUUACUUUGUAUCAUGGGAGAUGUUUUUCACAACUAAGGAUAACCCACAGGGUAAACCAAAUCUUCGUGUUUUUAAAACUGAGAGUGGAGAAAACAUUGGCUCAUUUAUUCAAAAAAAUCAAAUUGGUUGGCAACCAAAGUGGUCAUCUGAUGAAAAGCUUUUUGCAAUGCAUGCUAAUAAUAGAAUUCUGAUAUAUGAAGAUGGUAAUUUGGAUCGAUACACACAUAACAUUGCAGCUGAUAAACUUCAGGCCUACAGCAUAUCACCAAGCCCAGCACCAGCGUAUUAUCUCUCUGUAUUUACUAUAGGUAAAUCUGGUCAGCCAUCAUUCUGGCGUAUUUUAAAGUAUCCACAAUUUGAUAUAGCCCAUGCGAUUGUGAGCCGGUCAUCCUUCCAAGCGGAUAAAGCAACUUUCCACUGGAACAGACGCGGAAGCAAUGUUUUCACUUUGACACAGACCGAUGUGGACAAAACUGGUGGUUCGUACUAUGGGAAACAAGCAUUGUCAUAUGGAGAUAUCAAAGGCAAUGGUGGGAAUAUGACAUUCAGUAAGGAAGGCCCAAUUCACGCAAUAUCAUGGAACCCCGGUAAUUGGAAUGAGUGGGUCGCGGUCUACGGCCACGCGCCCGCUAAGGCGACGCUCUUCAACGCCAAGUGCGAGCCAUUGUAUGAGUUCGGUACAGGCGCAUGGAAUGCUAUCUACUUCCCGCCUGAGGGAAAUAUAGUUCUUUUAGGUGGCUUUGGUAAUAUAGCCACAGGCCAUAUAUCUGUCUGGGACCUCCGUGGGUGCAAAAAAUUGGGUGAAUGCAGUGCGCCUGAUACAACGUAUUUGCAAUGGGAUCCCCGUGGAGAGACCUUCAUAACUGCUACCACAUAUCCAAGACUUACAGUUGGGAAUGGGUAUAAAAUCUGGCACUACACUGGUGUUCUUAUGCACAAACGCAACUGUGUGGACAAAGAGAAUCUGCUGUCAAUAUGUUGGCGUCCCGGUACAUAUCAAAAGAGUGAUCUCUCAAAAACUAUACCCAAGAGUAUAGAAGAUACCACUCCUAAAGCUGUCGGAGCAUAUCGGCCUCCCGGAGCGAGAAACAAACCAUCUACAUUUACAUUACAUGAACACGAAAAACCGCAUAAGCCUGGACAAAAUACUGAAGCGGCGCCAUCUAAACAGGCUAUAAAACAAAAGGAAAAACGCGAAGCCCGCAAAGCUCGUAAAGCCGAAGAAAAGGGUGAACAAGGAGAUACGGCACCUGCUGUUUCCGCGCCUCGGCAAGCCUUCAUUUCUACUGGGGACCCAGAAAAGGACAAGAAAAUCAAGAAUUUAAAUAAGAAAUUAAGUGACAUUGACAAACUGAAACAGCAAAAGGCAGCUGGAAAACCACUGGAACUGAAUCAGUUGGCUAAAAUAGAAAACGAAGCUGCUCUAUUAAAAGAAUUGGAACAAUUAAAAUUAUGAUUCAGUACUAAAUGAUGUAAUACAGUAUAUGUAACAGAAACUCAGUCAGUAUGGAUGUGAACUAGGAUUUAUAAUAAAAUAGAACAAAUUGUAAAUCGAUAAUUUAUAUACAAAAACAUAACAAAAUAAU